GGAUUGUGGGAAGUGAACAUUCACCAAUUAUAUUAGCAGACCUCAACUCUCAAACAAACAGGUACUGUGAUAUGUAACCAAGAAGGAUUAGUAAAGUAAUUUAAUUUUGCCGAAGUCAUGCAAAAUCAAAUUACAUUUAGCAAAUCAUGUUGUAAUAUUAUUGUCGAUCAAUCUGGUCAACUCAUUGUAGAAGUUCUGAUCCAACUAAUACUCUCCUAUUUAAUGAAAGUAAUUUAUAUAAAAAUAUAAAAAUUCAUUAAAUAUUAAACUUGACUUUUCUAUGUUGAUUACAAAACUCAUAUUUCAUUUAUAUAUUUUGUCACAGAAGGACCACUAAACUAAAGUCAAAGAAAUUAUUUAACUGCUUAUUCUGUUGCAGGGACUAGGAAUAUUACCAAGUAGUUCCGUUGCGUUGGCAGUUGCAUCCUAAUUCCUACCAACUAUUAUGACAAAAUAAUUAUAUAUUUAAAAAUAACAAUAAGUAUUAUACUUUGAAAAUAUAUAUUGUUUAAUUUAAAUUGCAAAGUUUAUCUUUAAAAAACUAAUUUUAAUACAAAUAAAAAUAAUGAUCUUGACAAAAUAUUCAAAAAAAAUUUGCUAGUUUGAUAAAACAUAAUUUGACCUUAAGAAAACAUAUUAACAUUAACAUGAUACAUAAUUAAGCUACUUAUUCUCAAAAUAUUCGACAGAUUGUAGAAUCUAAUUGGCAGAUUCCAUGUAGCCGGUGAGUAAAUAAAGUUUCUGUCCUUUGAACUUAUAAAUUAUUGAAAUGUUUGGAUAGUUUUUUUUAGUAUAAUAUCAGUGUUUUAUCCAAACAAUCCCACAAAUGCAGAAAUGAGCUUAUUGAGGAAAAAAGUCACCCACUAUUCAAAUAAAAGAAGUGUCAAAUGGUAAAAAAGUAUGUUCAGGCAGAUGUAGCUGUGGUACAGCUUGGCAUGCCAGGCUAGCCCAAGCAACAGGAUGUAUGGUCAAUUGAUUUUCUUGCUGCAUGGAUUCUGGUCAGAGUCUUCUGGGAAAGGUUGCUUUAUAGGAUCUGCUCCUUGGUACUCCAGUGAAGGUGAGCCUCUCAAUCUUGAAGUUAUGUUUAAGCUGAAUUUUUCUAUGAGUUCCACAUAUUCUAAUAGUUUUGUAACUGGGGAGUUAAAAAGCCUGAGUCACUUGAAUGAUGAGAGUUAUUUUAGUCCGAUUUCAAUAUUGUCUUUUCCAGAAGUAACGUGGUAUGAGUACAAGUUGAUAUCUGAGGAAAAUCUGAAAGGUUUCAAUGUAUUUAAUAAUACUAAAAAAAGAUCAGUUCUUGGUUCACAAACUGGAGAAAUUUGUUCCAUUUUCAACAGAAAUUAUAUUACUUUUAAUUUGGAGUAUGCUAGCAGUUGCAGCAGUUCUCUGAAGAAUUGUUCUCUGCUUGAUGGAAAACCUGAAUAUAGACCCACUUCAGUUUCCUUGCACUCCAUUCAAUGCAAUGAAUACGAAAACAAGAUGCGGUUUUUGGUACACCUUACUAACAGCAGCCGUGUUGGGGGGUAUGAAAUGUUUGAUCCCAGCACAACAUUGUUUGGGGAAGGAUUCUGGUACGAAAAAACAAAUUCUUUAGUCCUUGUUGCUUGCAAGAUUUCAAGUUCAAAUUCUUUUGGAGAUGCUCAUGUUGGGGAUUGUUCGUUUCGGUUGAGCCUGUAUUACCCUUCAGUAUGGUCAAUUGAACAUAGAGACAGAGCUGCGGGACAUAUUUGGACGAAUAAGACUGCAGAAGAUGUAGGCUACUUUGGCAUGAUCAAUUUUAGGACUUCUGAUGCAUGUAUUAAAGCUCCUUCUCUAAAGUACGAAUACACUGAAAUUGAGAAGGUAAAUAAGUUUUUCCCAAAGAAGGCUGUAACAAGGGAAGAGACAUUCCCAACUGGACAUUAUCAUGAUAUGAGGUUUGACAUGUCUGUCCCGAAUUCAGAGUAUUUUGGUUGGGGUUCUGCAGAACCCAUUUUCAUAGGCGAUGAAUCGUAUGCUGAUUUUUCUGUCUUCAUACAACAAUCAAGACAGGGAGGUUUUGGAAAAACUUUAGAAUCCCAGGGCAGGUAUGCAGAAGUUGUUUCCCAUAACAUUCCAUUGAAUAUCAGUUACAAAUUAAUUUUUUUCUCAAAUGGCGAUGCCAAAUUGGGAGCUGGCCAUUCUUCACUGAAUACAUCCCUAAAUUCAUUCGGUCAGCUGGUUAUCUCUGCCGAAGGCGUUUAUGAUGCUGAAACAGGACACCUUUGCAUGGUUGGCUGUAGAAAUCUGGUCUCCAACAAUUUACUGGACUGUGAUAUAUUACUGAAUUUCCAGUUUUCAGGAUCAAUGAAGACUCAAGGUGGUUUAGUUAAAGGUAGCAUGCAAAGCACAAGGGAACAAAGUGACGAGCUUUUCUUUCAGCACUUGAACAUUACAUCAUCCCGGUUCUCUGAUUCUGAUGCAGAGCGAUCUCUAUGGAGGAUUGAUUUAGAGAUCACCAUGAUUUUGAUCUCGAACAUGAAUGCAUGUAUAUUUGUUUGCUUCCAACUUUACCAUGUGAAAAGGUACCCUAGUACUGUUCCUUAUAUGUCACUUGUUAUGCUUGUGAUCCUUACAUUGGCGCACAUGGUCCCUCUUGUGCUAAACUUUGAAGCACAGUUCUUAAGGCAACAUACGCGGAAUAUAUACCUAAAUAGUUAUUCAUGGCUCGAAGUGAACGAGGUGAUUGUAAGAGUUGCUAAAAUGGUAGCCUUCCUCCUGCAAUUUCAACUUCUCCGGUUAGCCUGGACAGCACGACAUACAGGUGAUAGUAAUCAAUCCGGCAUAUCAGUUGCUGAGAGAAAGACUUUAUUAGUUUCAUUGCCGAUAUACAUUGUUGGUGGGAUGGUUGCAUUUUUCUUGAAAUCAACGAGGAAUUCCCAUAGCAAGGGGCCGCUUGCACUUAACUGUUCACGAGCUUGCCAGCAACAACAAAAUCUCUGGGGGGAUUUUAUAGCAUAUGCUAGCCUGAUACUUGAUGGCUUUCUAUUCCCUCAAGUCCUUCUUAACAUAUUUCAGAUGUCAAGGCGCAGUGCUCUGUCUACGCCAUUUGUCCUAGGAACGACAUUCGUUCAUUCAAUACCUCAUGCCUACCAUCUUUAUCAAGCCAAAAACUAUGUUCCUGCACAUGAUGGUCCGGAUGUCUAUGUGAAUCGUAGUGCAGAGUUGUAUUCUUCGGCUUGGGAUAUUAUCAGUCCACUGGUGAGUUUGUUGCUUGUUGCAAUCAUAUUUUUGCAGCAAAGAUAUGGUGGCCGCUUUUUCCUUCCUAAAAAAUUUCAGGGAGUUGAAAUUAUGCGCAGAAGUGUGAGCAAUUAGCACUUAGUACCUUCUGCUUGAUUACGAUGUUACUUCUCUGGCUCAGUAAUUUCUGUAAUGUAUUGUUGCCGCAUUUGGGCUUCUCCGUGUAUUUAACAAGAUCUUUUUAUCCAUCUCUGAAUAAUGUUUGUUUGUUCUUUUUUAUUUGAAGGGUCCAGGUCCCCAGCACUCAUAUGUUGGGGAGCCCUCAUCCGGCUCACACUUUUUCAGUCA